AUGCCGAUUGUCCUGGUCCGUCCGACCAAUCGGACGCGGCGCCUGGAUUCCACGGGAGCCGGAAUAGGCCAGUCUUGGCGCCAGGAUUUCCCCCUCCGUCCCGUAGCGCAUUGCGCCGGGUGCACAGCCCGUUCCUGCGGCUUUAACAGCUCCGACAUGGAAACCCCACUGCAGUCCCGCGGCCGGCGGCACCAGGAGCAGCAGCAGCAGCAGCAGCAGCACCGGGAGCAGCAGCGGGAGCAGCAGCAGCACCGGGAGCAGCAGCGGGAGCAGCAGCGGCAGCGGGAGCAGCAGCAGCAGGAGGAGGAGGAGUGGGAGUGGGUCAGGUGUGGGUGCCCGCAUGUCACCGCCUCUGUCUCUGUCGCUCCCGCUCCCGACAACCUGUUCCUCCGCAAUCCCUCCCCGCUCACUUUCCGGACCACUUCUCCCAUUUCCUCCUCCUCCUCCUCCUCCAGACAAGGCAGCGAGUUUUCGCCCUCCUCCGCCAGUCAUGCCAGCUCUUCUAGACAUUCUCACCCCCAGCACCGCCACCCCCAGCAUCACCACCACCACCAGCAUCAGCAGCAUCAGCAGUGCCGGCAGCCCAGUCCCAGCAGCCAUCGCCGGGAGAGCAACCCUUUCACUGAAAUCGCCAUGAGCAGCUGCAGGUACAACGGCGGCGUCAUGCGGCCGCUCAGCAACCUGAGCUCGUCCAGGAGGAACCUCCACCAGCUGGAGUCGGAGUCGCAGCCUCUUCAACCCAUCUUCACCACAGUCGCCCCGGAGAUCGUGGUCUCCAAGCCCGAGCAGAACAAUUCCACGACGGUCGUUUCUUAUGGGGGCAGCGGUAGCACCGGGGGAGGAGGAAGCGGCGGCGGCGGCGGCAAACCCAGUAAAAAGAAAAACAAUAACAUUGGCUACAAGCUGGGCCAUAGGAGAGCUUUGUUUGAGAAAAGAAAACGAUUGAGCGACUAUGCCUUGAUCUUUGGUAUGUUUGGGAUUGUAGUGAUGGUCAUUGAGACUGAACUUGCGUGGGGGGCUUAUCAGAAGGGGUCGCUAUAUUCAUUAGCUCUAAAAUGCCUUAUUAGCCUUUCUACGAUUAUUCUGCUUGGUCUGAUCAUUGUAUACCACGCGCGGGAAAUUCAGUUAUUCAUGGUAGACAAUGGCGCAGAUGACUGGAGAAUAGCCAUGACUUAUGAGCGGAUUUUUUUCAUCUGUUUGGAAAUACUGGUAUGUGCUAUUCACCCAAUACCUGGAAACUAUACUUUCACUUGGACAGCACGCCUUGCCUUUUCAUAUACAACAUCUACAGCAAUAGCAGAUGUGGAUAUAAUCUUAUCAAUACCAAUGUUUCUUAGACUUUACCUUAUUGCCAGAGUAAUGCUGCUGCAUAGCAAACUUUUUACGGAUGCUUCUUCAAGAAGUAUUGGAGCACUGAAUAAAAUAAACUUCAAUACCCGUUUCGUAAUGAAGACUUUAAUGACAAUAUGUCCAGGAACAGUACUGUUGGUUUUCAGCAUUUCAUUGUGGAUAAUUGCAGCAUGGACAGUCCGAGCUUGUGAAAGAUAUCAUGAUAGCCAAGAUGUCACAAGCAAUUUUCUUGGAGCAAUGUGGCUUAUUUCUAUCACCUUUCUCUCCAUUGGCUAUGGUGAUAUGGUACCGAAUACAUAUUGUGGGAAAGGAGUUUGUCUACUCACAGGGAUUAUGGGCGCUGGCUGCACUGCUCUGGUUGUAGCUGUGGUUGCCAGGAAGCUGGAACUUACCAAAGCAGAAAAACAUGUGCAUAAUUUUAUGAUGGAUACACAACUCUCUAAACGAGUAAAAAAUGCAGCUGCCAAUGUUCUCAGGGAAACAUGGUUAAUAUAUAAAAACACAAAAUUAGUUAAAAAGAUAGACCAUGCAAAAGUGAGGAAGCAUCAACGCAAAUUCUUGCAAGCCAUCCAUCAGUUACGAAGUGUAAAAAUGGAACAAAGAAAAUUAAAUGAUCAGGCAAAUACUUUGGUGGACCUUGCUAAGACACAAAACAUUAUGUACGACAUGAUCUCAGAUCUGAAUGAAAGGAGCGAAGAUUUUGAGAAAAGGAUUGUAACAUUGGAAAAUAAAUUAGAGACAUUAAUAGGAAGCAUCCAAGCUCUACCGGGACUGAUAAGUCAGACAAUCAGCCAUCAGCAGAGGGAAUUUCUCGAAGCUCAGAUACAGCAGCAUGACAAACAAAUUACCUACAGUGCUGAGAGGUCACGAUCAGCAACCAGAAGGAGAAGGUCCUCCUCGACAGCUCCACCAACUUCAUCGGAAAGUAGCUAGAAGUGAACAGUUUAAACACAAGAAAGAACUUUUUUUUUGCCAUCAUAUGGUUGAUAUUUUAGCUUUUAUUGUAAAGCCCUAACAAUACUAAACAGUGUUAUCCGGGUUCUGAUGUCAGAAUCCAGGGAACCUGAAAAAAUAUUUUAGGCCAAAAGGAGUGAGUACUCUCUUUCAGAUGCACAGUGAAUGCACCUAACCUGCUAUUUAGAUUGUUUCUUCUGUACAAUUUACUUGACUUUUUACUCACGCACUUCAACUGACUUUACUAUUAUAUACUAUAAUAAAAAGAACA